CAUGAAUAUAUUGUUUUUUGACGGACAAGGUUUGAGGAAUAAAAGGCCAGAAUCGUUGGAAGAGUGUAGGGAGAAUUAUUUUCAAUGUAAAACGGAUAAUAUCUGCAUUAAUAUUAUUUAUAAAUGUGAUGGAUUUAUGGAUUGUAAAUCUGGAGAAGAUGAAUUUGAAUGCUCAGAAGGAAAAUUUUCAUGUUUUACAACAACUGAGGAAAUUAAUUAUAAACUUGUAUGCAACAAUAUAGUAGACUGUUCUGACGGAUCUGACGAAAGCAAUUGCAUUAGAAGAGUACCAGACACAAAAUAUAGGUCUCAAUGUAAAAAUGGACAAUUUAUACCUUUUGAAAAUGUUUGUGAUAAUGAAUUUAAUUGUUUUGAUGGAAGUGACGAAAUCUGCUUUGACGAAUCUGCAAUUGAAGAUAUUUAUAAAAUAACUUGUAAUUCAAAAACUCAAUUCCUUUGUAAUUAUCAAAGUACAGAAAAACAAUGCCUUCAAAAAGGUUUACAGUGUAACUUGAAGAAAGAUUGUCAAGGCUACGAAGAUGAAUUGGACUGUUCAACGUUGCAUUGUCGCAAAGAAAAUCCACAUUAUUGUAAUAUUCAAUACAGUUCAACAGGCUUUCUUAGCAAUGGAACAGGAUUUCCAAUACUGUUGAAGAAAUUAUGUUUAGAUAGAUCUUGUCAGAAAGAGCAGUAUAAAUGCUUUUACGAAGGAUACUGCAUUGGUAUUGAACUUGUUUGCGACGGAAUAAAUCACUGUUUAUACGGAGAUGACGAAUUAGAUUGCGGUAAAAGGAAGAAACUUAUGUGA